ACAACGACUGUCACAAUAUUACAUAGGUACUAGCCUUACCCCGGAUGGUUGCCGGGCAUCCCUAGUUUGCCCGGAGGAAAAAUUGGAGGGACGGGCCUGUGUUCCGAGCCGUGGACGGAAGGAUCAAAUUGGCGCUCCAUCAACCAUCGUAAGCAAAGUAACGUUGACCCCGAGUAUCACCGAGCAUCACCGAAUACCGUACACUAUACCGAAUCACGAACGAUUGGGCCUGAUAUUCUCUUUGGAGGGCAAUACUGCCGUCUCUUUUCUACUGCUUCCAGAAGCGCAGGGAAGCCAUGGCUCCCACCGAGUCGCCCGCCGCUCCUCCUCCCAAGCCCGACACCUCUGCCAAUGCAUCAACCUCCACGACGAGCUCUCCAUCAAACGAACCUCGCGAACUACGAAAUGACCCAGCGCGGACGGGUUUCGAUCCCAAGACAAAAUGGUGGAUGAACUACUUCAAGAUCCUCUCGGGCAACAUGACCCCUGAAGGCGUAUUCCACUACCGCGAGCACCGCUACCGUGUCCACGAGGAGCGUGACUGCCGCCGCUGCGAGACGGACCGAGAUUGGCUGUUUGCCUAUUCGCCCAUCGUCCGCUUCAUGCGCGAAAAGAUCGAGGAUCUCAACGGCCGCCUGGACGAGACUAAUGUCGUCUGCCGUCGGUGUCCCGCGCGCCUGACCGAAGACGGUAAAGUUCACCGGCAGGGUGGCGGCUUCAGCCCCGCCCACGGCAUCCUUAUCUGCGCCAACGAGAUGCGUGACCGGAAGCAUCUAGAAGACACCCUCGCCCACGAGAUGGUGCAUGCCUGGGACCAUCUGCGCUGGCAAGUCGAUUGGAUGGGCGACCUCGACCUGAAGCAUGCCGCCUGUACCGAGAUCCGCGCCUCGAUGCUGAGCGGGGAGUGCAGGUGGACAAGAGAAGCGUUCACCAGGGGGAACUGGAAGCUUUCUCAGGGGUUCCAAGACUGCGUCCGCAGCAGGGCUAUUCAGUCCGUCCUCAACCGACCGAGAUGUAAAAACGACGUGCAGGCGACAAAAGUCGUCAACCAAGUGUGGGACUCGUGCUUCUCCGACACGAGGCCCUUUGACGAGGUGUACAGGUGAUCAAAGUUGUCCUCGAUCGACCGGAGCUUUGUACGAUAGACGAUAAUACCCCGACCAAACAAUUACGCUGUGAUGCAUGAUUACUGCUGGACAUUUCUGGAUGAUAAUAGAUAUACGUACGCAUGGAAGAGAGUCAUCGGGAAGAUGGCAUAUAUCAUCUCAAUAUUUUUGAAUGCUCAUGGAAGGCAGACUAGCUGUAAUGAACCCAACUCCAGAAAUAUGCACGUAAACCUCCCCCCUUCUUCCUGUCUCCUGUCUCCUAACCCUCAGCUGGGACGAUGGGACGAGGAGCGCUAGGGGGGAAAGAAAAGAAAAAAGUGAAAAAAAGGAUAAAGGAAAAGGAAAGGAAAAUAGAAUGGAAGAAACAACUGCCAAACGCUGCCAACGCCAUUAAUCCUACAGGGUUG